GAAGAGUCCAUGGAGACUGGGUCUUUGUUCCAGCUUUUCAAUGGACUUUGAGUAGACUUUCUCACGAAUUCGUUGAGCAUAAAACUAGCAACGUUGUACCUUAUUUCUAGUUUUCCAUCAUCAAGAAAAAGAUCUAAAAAAGACACACACACACACACACGCUGUUGAAGAGCUUCAUGAAUUUCAAUCACAUGAUGCCACUAAAGUUGCUGGUGGUUUUCUUCAUUAUACUAAACCCUUGUGGUUGUUCUUCUUCUUCUUCAGCUAAUUUUCCCAUUGCAAAGCCUAGUUGCCUGGAUCAUUGUGGCAAUGUUAGCAUCCCCUUCCCAUUUGGUAUCGGAGAAAAUUGUUAUUAUCGAGAUCAAAAUUCAAAUUUCGCUGUGGAAUGUAACACUUCCAAACUGAAAUUUCAGGAUAGUCCCUUCGAAAUUACGGAGAUAUCGCUGGAAGGGCAGUUUCGCACCAUGAAUUACGUCGGAUACAAUUGCUACGCACAUAAUCGAAGUAUCAAGUCCAAUAGUCCUUGGACUAGUCUUGGGAUGCCCUUUAUUUUCAAUAGCACAAGUAACAAGUUCACUGUUAUUGGCUGUGACUCCAUCGCAAUAGUUCAAGGUGCUAGCAACUUGCGAGAAUACACUACUGGAUGCGUUUCUUUGUGUAAUUUCAAGGAAGAUGUUGAGGAUGGUUCGUGCUCGGGGAUCGGAUGUUGCCAGACAUCAAUACCAAGUGGAGCUUGGCAGAUUAAUGUCAGUUUGAGUAGCGUCUUCAAUCACAGUUCGGUCUUGAGUUUCAAUCCUUGCAGUUAUGCUUUUGUUGUGGAGGAAGAUGCUUUCCAUUUUUACGCAGAUAACCUUACCAAUUUAGAAAGCGUCGAAACUCUACCGGUACUCGUGGACUGGGUGAUUUCAUACAAGAACUGCAACGAGGCUAUCACAAACAAGAGCAGUUAUGCAUGUGGGUUGAAUAGCGAGUGUUAUGUAGAGGAAGGAGCUUUGGGUUAUCGGUGUCGGUGCAAUGAAGGUUAUGAAGGAAACCCGUAUCUAGGUUGCCAAGAUAUUGAUGAAUGCCGGAAUCCUGACCGGUGUGGAAAGUAUAGUGCUUGUACUAACACAGUCGGAAGUUACAAAUGCAAUUGUAUUAAAGGGUACCACGAAGAUGGCGAUGGACGAUGCGUUGCUAACAAUAAAAAGGAUAACUGGCCUGUUUUUAUUGGUGUUGGCCUAAGCGGAGGCACAUUGUGUGUACUGAUAUUGUCAUUUUGUUUCUUCUCCAAACGACAGAGACAAAAGGAAAAGAAGUUGAGAGAGGAGCUUUUUAGGAAAAAUGGGGGCAAAUUUUUACAAGAAAAACUCGAUGCUGCUAAAAGAGGAGGCACUAAUAACAUUAGAAUAUACAAAGAAGAAGAAUUAGAGAAGGCCACGAAUGAUUUUGAUGAAAGCCAAAUCAUUGGUCGCGGAGGAUUUGGGACAGUUUACAGAGGAGAGUUGACAGACCAUAAGGUAGUAGCAAUCAAGAAGUCUAAAGGAGUUGAUGAAGACCAAGUUGAGCAAUUCAUCAACGAGGUGAUGCUGCUUUCCCAAAUCAAUAGUAGAUAUGUUGUUAAGCUACUAGGUUGUUGUUUGGAGACAGAAGUGCCAUUGCUUGUGUAUGAAUACAUCGACAAUGGGACGCUCUUCGAUCAUUUGCACAAGAAAUUCAAAUCAUCACUUUCUUGGGACAUCCGCUUACAAAUAGCUUCAGAAAUCGCUGGAGUGCUCUCAUAUUUGCAUUCUGUCGCUUCACCUCCAAUUAUCCACAGGGACAUAAAAUCGUCUAACGUACUUCUUGAUCAAGAUUACAUUGCAAAAGUAUCUGAUUUUGGGAUAUCAAGAUUGAUUUCUUCUGAUGACGAUCAGGUGGCAACGAUGGUGCAAGGAACACUUGGUUAUUUAGACCCCGAAUACAUGCUAACCGGUCUGUUAACCGAGAAGAGUGAUGUUUACAGUUUUGGGAUUGUUCUAAUGGAGAUUAUAACAGGAAAGAAAGUACUAUCUUCCGGUAAACCUGAGGCAGAGAAAUUCUUAUCAAAUGUUUUCCUUGCUUCUUUGGAAGAAAAUCACUUGGCUGAGAUUCUUGAUAAUAAUAUAUCCUCUCCAGAAAACAUCGACCAACUGCAUGAAGUUGCGAUGAUUGCAAAAAGAUGCAUUAGCGUAAGAGGCGAGGAGAGACCCUGUAUGAAAGAUGUAGAAAGGGAUCUUCUUAUAUUGAGAGCAAAAGCCAAGGUAAUUUCUCUUCAAGUUUUCGAGAAGGAUUCUACCAAAAGUGAAACCUUGCUUGAUAUGCACUCAAUCGGAUAUGGUAGUUCUGAUUAUUUUACGUCUAGCGGCCAAUAUUCUGCCCCUUACACCACCACAGAGCAACCAUUGUUGACUCUACCAAGUGGAAGAUGAAGCGAGCAGAAACCAUUAAGCAGUCAAAUAUAAUCCAUUCAUUGUUAAUUAAUUAGCUGUAGAACGGUGAAGGUUUAUUCAUGAUAUCUAUAUGCAUUAACGAUUAUAGAAAAUACGGUUAGUUCGUCAAAUAAAAUUGAAAAUGUUUGUGAGUAGUAAGAUUCAAUCUCGGUUUGAAUAAUGAUAUUAUUGGUAUUUCUAACCAUGAAGUAUUGUAAAUUUAAUUUUUAGGAUCUGUCUUUGUCGGUGUAA